AUGGCAACUCAGCAAACCGCCAAGACACAAUAUGUCAAGUCACCCAACGGUGUCACCUUUGCAUAUCGCCAAAUCGGCAAUACGUCUGGCAUCCCUCUCGUGCUAUUGACUCACUUCCGUGGCACCAUGGACAAAUGGGAUCCCCUCAUUGUCAAUAGCUUCGCAAAGAACCGCCGUGUUAUCACAAUCGAUUAUGCUGGUGUUGGCCUCAGCACCGGCGACGUCGCCACUUCAAUGCGACAAUCCGCCGCUGACAUAACUCAGUUCAUUGAACUGAUUGGCGAGAAAGAGAUCGAUCUUCUCGGCUUUAGCAUUGGAGGCUAUGUCGCUCAGAUGGUAGCUCUCAACGCUGAUCCCAGCAAGGUCAAAGUUCGCAAGUUAAUCCUUGCGGGAACAGGCACCAGCUACGGACCUGACCUUGUUUACUCCCAGAACAAAGGUCUCGGUUCUGUUGCGGGUGUCAAGGAUGUAGACAUCGAUGUAUUCAAGACGCUCUUCUUCCCCAAGAACGCUGAGGGAGAUGCUGCUGCUGAGGCUUGGUGGUCGAGGAUUCAUGAGCGGAGUGCAGAGACGAGUGGUGAAGAGGCUUCCCUUUGGCUGAGCAGUGGCUAUAAGGACGGCGGUAAGGGUCUUAUGGGCCAGGUCACACAAGGUCACGACUUUACAGAAAGUCCGGAGAAAAGCAAGGGGGAAGACGGCGCUUAUGACAGAUUGCCUGAUCUCAAGAUACCUGUCUUGGUCGCAAAUGGAAGCAACGACUACAUGAUCCCGACGCCAAACAGCUACCUCAUCUACCAAAAGGUUCCGAAUGGUCAGCUCAUUCUGUACCCCAACAGCGGCCACGGCUUUCUCUUCCAGUACGCUCCGACCUUCGUCAAACAUGUCGAAACAUUCCUUGAGGGGUAG